AUGAACUACUUCUUUGAUGAUGCGUUCUAUUAUGAAAUUUGCAAAGGCCUUGCCGAAGUAGGGGCUAGAAGUGGUGACCCCUCCACGACUGUGAAGGCGUUUUGCACUUUUUUUGAGGCAGUUGGCUCAAAACAUUUAUCGAGGAAUCAGGGCGGGCGACCGCGAAUGAUUGACUCCGUUGGGAAAACAGUUGAGGUGUCUUUUGAGGAAUUGAGAUUAUCUUUCCCUUUUCUUCCUUUUUUGGCGCCAUUUGCGGCAGGAUUCGUUUUACAGCACGAAUUUGAAUUUGCUGGCGGGGGAAAAUGGACGAUACAAGAGGUGGAAAGUAAACUUUUUGAGGUACUAUCAAUGUUUCGGGAAAACUUCCUUUUAACAGCUUCGGGGACCGAGACCUCUUCUGAUCCUUUUUUCAAGCCCGGUCGCUGGCAUGCUGGCUCACGGCUUCGUUUUUUGGAGUCAGACAUGGAGGUAAAAGUGAUGGAAAGUGUGGAGAGGGGUUCUGCAUUGUUGGAUGCUAUAAAGCCCUAUUUGAAUUUGGAUGACAUAGACUCAAGUGUUUGUCUAGCUUGGAUGCGCAAGCUCACGGGUGCAGUCAUAGGCACAAGAUUCUUUUAUGAUGCAGUUGAUAGUUAUUUUAUUCUUCACUACUCUCAGUGUAUUAGUGUGAAUGCAGCGUAUUUGCUUGCAGAUAAGUUUGCACCGUGGGAAGAAAUUUUUUAUAUACUACAAACUGCAUCUAAUUUGUAUGCCAAAAAAUGUGGUGCAGACUCUUUUUCUUUUUUGGUAUGGAUAAGAAAAGAGUUAGCUCCAUUGAUUUCACAGGGUAUUGUCUCUAUCCCUGCAUUGUAG